UAAGUGAGUAUUUCAUGAUAUGUGUAUAUACCUAGUCUAACCACUAGAUGUCAGUAGUGACGCACUUACCGGUAUAUGUUAAUACUGCAUGAGUGAGACGAGUUGUCGUGUUGUUGUGGUCUAGAGUUGCACCAUGUGCGCAUCGUUCUGAAAUAAAGAUAUGUUUGUCAUACAACGUUUAUUUGAUUAAAGAACAAACAUUACAUGGUACCAGGAGUGGUAAGAAGUUCAGUUAGUCGUCAUCUAUAAAAAUGGAAAGUGUAAAACCGCCUGACGCUGUGAACUGGACUGGAAAUAUCGAUUGUGAAUGGCGUACGUUUAAGCAACGAUUUACACUGUAUUUGCAAGCAGUGGGUCUGGAUGAUAAGUCGGAUGCAAGAAAGAUUGCUUUAUUGCUUACCGUCGCGGGACCGCAAUCGAUCGAGGUAUUCAACACGCUGGUGUUUGAUCGAGUAGAAUAUAAAGGAAACUUCGAGAAAGUGAUUGAGAAGUUUGAUUCACACUGCUCACCGAAAAAGAACGAGACAUUUGAGAGGUAUGUUUUUCGUUCACGUCUGCAACUUCAAGGAGAGACUUUUGACAACUUCUUAAUCGAUCUCAAAUUGAAAGCAAAGACAUGUAACUUUGGAUUGCUGCAUGAUUCAAUGGUCCGGGACCAAAUAGUGUUCGGAAUAAAUGAUCAGAAAAUGAGGGAGAGACUGUUGAGAGAAACUGAGCUUACAUUAACUGACGCAGUGCGGAUAUGCCAUGCCAGUGAAGUGGCGCAGCAUCAUGCUAAAACGUUUAGUGAGAAUGCUAAGACAAGCGGACAUGAAAGUUCGUCAGUAGCUGUGGUGACAGAGAAAGUUAAAAAACAAAGCUCAUCAAAAUGGAGACAGCAAAAUGAAAAAGAAAUGUAUAAUUGCAAGAGAUGUGGCAAAAGACACAGACCAAAGCAGUGCCCUGCUUAUGGCAAAGCCUGUGCUAAAUGUGGAGGACAGAAUCACUUUGCGAAGCAGUGCAUGACAAAAAGUAGGCAAAGUCGAAGCGAACGAGUCCAUACAGUGGAAGAAACUGCUCUUAGUGAUACAUUCUUUGUGGGCAUGGUAGAACAGGCUGAAGUUAACAGUCUUGAGAAGGAUAAGUGGACUGUGGCUGUGGAAAUAAAUGGAGCAACAGUAACACUGAAACUAGACACAGGAGCCAAAGCCAAUUUGAUCUCUGAAAGGGAUAUAAGAAAAAUGAAAAGCAAGCCACAUAUUAAACCAAACGCUGUGCAACUCAAAGCUUACAAUGGACAGAGCAUUGAAACAAGAGGAACAUGCAAAUUCAAGGUAAAAGUGAAAGAUAAAGAACAACACCUCGUGUUCGUAGUCGUUCCAGAUGGACAUGACUCAGUGCUGGGAGACAAGGCAUGUGAAGACUUAGGCCUAGUUAAAAGAGUAUACAACAUAAAACAUGCCAACACACAGAACAGUGUAGAAAGUAUAGUAAAACAGUUUCCUGACAUCUUUGAGGGGUUCGGAGUGCUUCCAUUCACCUAUAAGAUACAACUUAAAGAGGAUGCAAAGCCAGUGGUCCAUGCUCCGAGACGGGUACCAGCCCCGCUACGUGAUAAGUUGAAACAGGAACUGGAAAGGAUGACAGCCAUGGGAGUUAUAAAGAAAGUGGAACAGCCGACGGAAUGGGUGAACUCCAUGGUUUGUGUGAAAAAAGCAAACGGAGAACUACGAGUGUGUAUGGACCCAAAAGACCUGAACGCAAACAUUCAGAGAGAACACUAUCAGAUCCCAACUCGGGAAGAAAUUAUCAGUGAGAUGGGAGGUGCAAAGUUUUUUACAAAGCUGGAUGCAUCUCAGGGCUUUUGGCAGGUAAAAUUACAUGAAGAUAGCACACACUACUGCACAUUUAACACGCCCUUUGGCAGAUACUCCUUCUUGAGGAUGCCCUUUGGGAUUUCUUCAGCACCUGAAGUGUUUCACAAAGCCAUGGAGCACAUAAUUGAAGGCAUACAAGGAGUUCGUGUUUAUGUGGAUGAUGUCAUAUUGUGGGGAUCCACAAUUGAACAGCACAAUGAGAGGCUCACAGAAGUUUUGCAGCGAGUACAGAAAUAUGGUCUGAGACUGAAUAAACAAAAAUGUCAGUUUGGAGUAAAUGAAGUCACAUUUCUAGGAGACAAGCUGUCAGCAGGUGGUGUACAACCUGACAAAAGUAAAAUAGAAGCAAUACUCAAUAUGCCCAGACCUACAGACAAAAAGGCAGUGUUAAGAGUGAUGGGAAUGAUUAACUUUAUCGGGAAGUUUAUACCAAACCUGUCUUCGAAAACGGUGUACAUGAGAGAACUGCUACAUGACAAGUGUGAGUUCAAGUGGACGAACAACCAUGAACAAGAGUGGGGACGUCUGAAGACACUCUUGACGACAAAGCCGGUGCUUACAUUCUUUGAGCCAUCUAAGAGGACAAAGAUUUCAACAGACGCAUCUAAGGAUGGCCUGGGAGCCGUGCUGCUCCAGGAAGAAGGAAAACACUGGAGACCAGUUGCAUAUGCAUCGAGAACUAUGACUCAAGCUGAGUGUCGUUACGCUCAGAUCGAGAAGGAGUGCCUUGGACUGGUGUAUGGCGUGGAGAAAUUUCACAGUUAUGUUUACGGACUUCCAAAGUUUGUGGCGGAGACAGAUCACAAGCCACUAAUAGCCAUCAUCAAGAAGAAUUUGAGUGAAAUGUCACCGAGAAUCCAACGGCUAAUGAUGAAGCUCCAGCGAUAUGAUUUUGAGUUAAUAUACACGCCUGGAAAGUACAUAGUGCUGGCGGAUGCCCUCUCCAGAGCUACCUCAGACAAUGAGACACAUCGCAAGAGCUCUACAGAAGCUGAAGUGACUCUUCAUGUGAAUAUGAUUUACAGUGCUCUUCCAGUGACCGAUGCAAAGUCACAACAGAUUGCAGCUGAAACAGCAAAAGACAGAGAGCUGCAGAUGGUCAUCAAACUACUGAAUGAAGGAUGGAAAAAGGAAGCAUGUUCGCUGUACUACAAUAUAAGGUCAGAGUUGAGUAUGGUAAAAGGUCUCCUGCUGAGAAAGAAUAGAAUAGUGAUACCUCAUUCACUGAGAACAGAAAUGCUGAAAAGAUUGCAUGAGGGACAUCUGGGAGCAGAAAAAUGCAAAAGGAGAGCCAGGACAGCCAUAUAUUGGCCAGGAAUAAAUGCUGACAUUGACAGAAUGGUUUCAAACUGUGACACCUGCUUAAGUCAUCGAGCAAAACAGCAAAAAGAACCAAUGAUCAUCACUGACAUGCCAAGUGAGCCGUGGCAGAAAAUUGGAACAGAUUUGUUUUUCCUAGAUGGAAAGAACUAUCUACUAGUUGUGGACUACCUGUCUAACUAUCCGGAGAUGGCUCUGCUUCCAAACACAUCUACUGCCAGUGUAAUCACACACAUGAAAUCGAUCUUUGCAAGGCACGGGAUCCCUCAGGUUGUCUGUAGUGACAAUGGACCGUGUUAUAGUAGCAAAGCAUUCCAGGAAUUUGCAGUGGAGUAUGAUUUCGAACAUGUGACAUCGAGCCCGCUAUAUCCACAAUCUAACGGGAAAGCGGAGAAGGGAGUGCAUAUAGUUAAAAUGCUACUGAAAAAAGCAGCGAGCAGCAAGUCUGACCCGUAUCUAGCAUUGUUAAAUUACCGUGCUUCACCACUGGAACAUGGUUUAUCUCCAGCUGAGAUGCUAAUGGGAAGGAAAUUACGUACUACCCUACCUUACCUGACACAGCCACAGAGAAACAAAGGUUUGCAAAAGAAACAAAUGCAACUGAAAAAGAGACAGAAAAUAAACUAUGACAGGACCUCCAGGAGUCUUGGACCUCUUGCUAACAAUGACACUGUAAGACUUGAGGAUUGCAAUACCUGGCAUAGAAAAGCCACAGUCCUUGAGGAGAUUUAUCCAAGAUCUUACACUGUAAAAACAGAGGAUGGUCAAAUCCUGAGGAGAAAUAGGAGAAGUUUGCUGAAAACACAAGAAACAGUGCCACGGGAUACAUCACCUGUAGAAUCUGAAACAGAAUCAGUUAUAGACAAUACAGAACAGAAAAAGGAAACACACAUACCUGAAUUGAGAAGAUCCAAACGCACAGUUAAACCACCUGAGAGACUUGAUCUGUAAAAGAUGCAUUAGUAAAGUGAUCAGACAUUUAAGUAUUUACAAUGCCAAAGAGAGUAUUGACAAUUGAAUGUUAAUUGUGAGAUGUUUUACAUAAAGUAUAUAAUGUUUAUGUUGUCACAUAAUAUGUUCUGUUCAGUAAGUGUGUAAGAAUUGAAAUGCAGUAAUGUUGAAACCUUAAAUCUAAAAAAAAAAAAGGAGAUGUCAUGAUAAGUGAGUAUUUCAUGAUAUGUGUAUAUACCUAGUCUAACCACUAGAUGUCAGUAGUGACGCACUUACCGGUAUAUGUUAAUACUGCAUGAGUGAGACGAGUUGUCGUGUUGUUGUGGUCUAGAGUUGCACCAUGUGCGCAUCGUUCUGAAAUAAAGAUAUGUUUGUCAUACAACGUUUAUUUGAUUAAAGAACAAACAUUACAGAGCCAUUCAAAAGCUUUUCUCACUCGCGUUGCAUUGAUCUCAUGUGCCAAUCGAUCUGCGCCGCGCAUGCAUCAUCUUGCAUCAGGAAAUCCACGAGGGUUGGAUAGGAAAAGGACGCUCUUUCUUGGCUGGUGUUGUAAAGCUGCCGUUUAUAUUUAACGGAGCAAGUCUCAAAUAAGUGCACAAACCCAAAACGGACGAGAUGUCAUAAUAAAUAAUACAUUUCAUAAUGUUGAAUAGCAAUAUAGCUAAGAGCAGCCGUUUUUCUAUGUUCAGAAGUGUGAACUUGAUGAUAUUCUGUACUGUUCUGGUUUUAUUUAUUACACUGGCUUUAUUUGGUACAUGUACGCUGAGUAGUGAUCCUUUGUUACUUCUUACAGAAUUAGCGUGGCUUUGAAGAUUCACACACUUGACAUGAAAAUGUGAGCAGCUGCUUUUCCAUGUCAAGAUUCAUUUCCAGUGAGCAGGUUGUCCUGGAAAAUUUGAGACUUUAUAAAUGCCUUCAAUUUGUAGAAUGUUUUAGAUGUUCAAUGUUUAAUCUGUUAUGAGGCAUUUUCAUUUGCUUUACUACAUGUAAGAAUACUUAAAUUCAGUUGACAUUUUGCUGAACACUGAGUGAUUCUUAAAAUAUUGGUAAUAUGUUUAAAGAAGUAAUUCCAUAAGCUCUUAGUGUGAAAAUGUUAAAUUCAAGUGAAAUUGUGAUUUACUUUGAGUGAGGAACCCUCCCCACUUCUAUAUUGGUGUUUUUGGAGAUAGUUGUAAAAUGUUUUACAUGUUUAACAUUUGAAUUGUUAAGUGGCAGUCCAUGAGGUUUAAUUUAAUUUAUGUGAGCUUUGAGUAAGAAUGCUAAAAUCUAUGAACACAUUGGCGUUUCCCCAAACAGGGUUUAGAUUAAUUCAGGACUAGGCCUUAGUUAUAUUAGGACAUUUAGGUAGUUUUUACAAACGAAAAACAUUAUAGGUGUGCAUCUUGAGACAAAAAAAUGGCACUGAUAUUUGUUAAGAUAUUUCGGUGCAAGAUGAUUUUAAAUUGACAUGAUUUUAAAAAUGACAGCUUAAACAUGCAUUUUAGGCUGGAACUAGGAUAAGCAUUGUCUAGGUAGGACAUCGCCCCUUGGGGAGGUACACUCAGUUACUUACAUUUUAUUUACAUUUU